UGGCUUAACUCAACACAGUCUCUCCUCCUGUUGCUGCUAUUGGCGCAGCUGCUUGUCCUUUCGUGGUCACGCCCCACCCACAAGUGCCCCCUCUUUGCCCAACUGACAAUGAUGGUCCAGCAAAUGAGAAGCCUGCAGAUGCUGACAAGGAAUCUACAGGUGAGUGAGUUUACCAUAGUUUGGUAGGCACAGCACGGUCAAUGCUAGUCAACAUACUCUCAUUAUGUGACCAAUAUAACUCCAAUAUAACUCUUAUCUAUGUCCUCUUCCUUUAGAGUGAAAGUGAAUUCAGCGGUAUAGAGCUUCUAGAGUACAACCUAGACUCUCUUCCAGAGAUGGAACACACAGCAAAUCACCUCAGUUCACUAAAGGUAUCUGUCUUCUCAAGUCCAGCCCCUAUUGCAUGCUUUUAUCUGUCUCUUUCUAAAUAACUACAGUGCCUUCAGAAAGUAUUCACACCCCUUGACUUUUUCCAAAUUUUGUUGUGUUACAAGAUCUACACAAAAUACUAUGUAAUGUCAAAGUGAAAAAUAAUAAUAAUAAUAAUUAAUGGAAAAUAAAACACCUUUGGCAGCGAUUACAGCUGUGAGUCUUUCUGGGUAAGUCUCAAAGAGCUUUGCAAAGCUGUAUUGUACAAUAUUUGCCCAUUAUUCUUUUAAUAUUUUUUCAAACUCUGUCAAGUUGGUUGUUGAUCAUUGCUAGACAGCCAUUUUCAAGUCUUGCCAUAGCUUUUCAAGACGAUUUAAGUCAAAACUGUAUCUAGGCCACUCAGGAACAUGCAAUGUCGUCUUGGUAAGCAACUCCAAUGUAUAUUUGGCCUUGUGUUUUAGGUUAUUGUCCUGCUGAAAGGUGGAUUUGUCUCCAAGUGUCUUGUGGAAAGCAGACUGAACUAGGUUUUCCUCUAGGACUUUGCCUGUGCUUAGCUCCAUUCCUUUUCUUUUUAUCCUAAAAAACUCCCUAGUCCUUGCCGAUUACAAGCAUACCCAUAACAUGAUGCAGCCACCACCAUGCUUGAAAAUAUGAAGAGUGGUACUCAGUGAUGUGUUGUGUUGGAUUUGCCCCAAACAUAAGGCUUUGUAUUCAGUACAAAAAGUUUGUUUCUUUGCCAUAUUUUUUACAGUAUUACUUUAGUUCCUUAUUGCAAACAGGAUACAUGUUUUGAAAUAUAUUUUAUUUUGUACAGGCUUCCUUCUUUUCAUUCUGUCAUUUAGGUUAGUAUUGUGGAGUAACUAAAAUGUUGUUGAUCCAUCCUCAGUUUUCUCCUAUCACAGCCAUUUAACUCUGGAACUGGUUUAAAGUCACCAUUGGCCUCAUGGUGAAAUCCCUGAGCGGUUUCCUUCCUCUCCGUCAACUGAGUUAGGAAGGACGCAUGUACGGUGGGGAAAAAAAGUAUUUAGUCAGCCACCAAUUGUGCAAGUUCUCCCACUUAAAAAGAUGAGAGAGGCCUGUAAUUUUCAUCAUAGGUACACGUCAACUAUGACAGACAAAAUGAGAAAAACAAAUCUAGAAAAUCACAUUGUAGGAUUUUUAAUGAAUUUAUUUGCAAAUUAUGGUGGAAAAUAAGUAUUUGUGUCAAUAACAAAAGUUUCUCAAUACUUUGUUAUAUACCCUUUGUUGGCAAUGACACAGGUCAAACGUUUUCUGUAAGUCUUCACAAGGUUUUCACACACUGUUGCUGGUAUUUUGGCCCAUUCCUCCAUGCAGAUCUCCUCUAGAGCAGUGAUGUUUUGGGGCUGUCGCUGGGCAACACGGACUUUCAACUCCCUCCAAAGAUUUUCUAUGGGGUUGAGAUCUGGAGACUGGCUAGGCCACUCCAGGACCUUGAAAUGCUUCUUACGAAGCCACUCCUUCGUUGCCCGGGCGGUGUGUUUGGGAUCAUUGUCAUGCUGAAAGACCCAGCCACGUUUCAUCUUCAAUGCCCUUGCUGAUGGAAGGAGGUUUUCACUCAAAAUCUCACGAUACAUGGCCCCAUUAAUUCUUUCCUUUACACGGAUCAGUCGUCCUGGUCCCUUUGCAGAAAAACAGCCCCAAAGCAUGAUGUUUCCACCCCCAUGCUUCACAGUAGGUAUGGUGUUCUUUGGAUGCAACUCAGCAUUCUUUGUCCUCCAAACACGACGAGUUGAGUUUUUACCAAAAAGUUCUAUUUUGGUUUCAUCUGACCAUAUGACAUUCUCCCAAUCCUCUUCUGGGAUCAUCCAAAUGCACUCUAGCAAACUUCAGACAGGCCUGGACAUGUACUGGCUUAAGCAGGGGGACACGUCUGGCACUACAGGAUUUGAGUCCCUGGCGGCGUAGUGUGUUACUGAUGGUAGGCUUUGUUACUUCGGUCCCAGCUCUCUGCAGGUCAUUCACUAGGUCCCCCCGUGUGGUUCUGGGAUUUUUGCUCACCGUUCUUGUGAUCAUUUUGUGAUUUUCUGGAUUUUUUUUCUGCAAUUUGUCUGUCAUAGUUGACGUGUACCUAUGAUGUAAAUUACAGGCCUCUCUCAUCUUUUUAAGUGGGAGAACUUGCACAAUUGGUGGCUGACUAAAUACUUUUUUUCCCCACUGUAUCUUUGUAGGGACUGGGUGUAUUGAUACACCAUUCAAAGUGUAAUUAAAAACAAUGUCUGCUUUUAUUUUAUUUUAUUACCCAUCUACAAAUAUGUGCACUUUUUGCGAGGCAUUGGAAAACUGCUCAACUGAGGGACCUUCCAGAUAAUUAUAUGUGUGGUGUACAGAGAUGGGGUAGUCAAAAAAAAAAAUCUGUCCAUGCAACUUAUUAUCUGACUUGCUAAGCAUAUUUUUACUCCUGAAGUUAUUUAGGCUUGUCAAAACAGGGGUUGAAUACUUAUUGACUCAAGACAUUUCAGCUUUUCAUUUUUGAAUAAAAAUGUCUAAAAACAUAAUUCCACUUUGACAUUAUAGGGUAUUGUGUGUAGAUCAGCGACACAAAAUCUAAAUGUAAUACAUUUUAAAUUCAGGCUGUAACACAACAAAAUGUGGAAAAAGUUAAGGGGUGUGAAUACUUUCAGAAGGCACAGUACAUACAGUGCCUAUAGAAAGUCUACACCCCCUUGAACUUUUUUCACAUUUUGUUGCGUUACAAAGUAGGAUUGAAAUAGAUUUAAUUGCAAUUAUUUGUCAUUGAUCUACACAAAAUACUCCAUAAUGCCAAAGUGAAAAGACAAUUCUACAAGUUAAAUAACAAAAAUAUAGUCGUUGCAUAAGUAUUCACCCCCUUUGUUAAGGCAAGCCUAAAUUAGUUUAGAAGUAAAAAUUGCCUUAACAAAUCACACAAUAAGUUAUAUGGACUUGUGAAAUAAUAGGGGUUGACAUAAUCUGUCAAAUAUUGCAUUUUAAGCACAAAUUCAACUACAAAGACCAGGGAAAAAGCCUCAUAAAGAAGGGCAGUGAUUGGUAGAUGGGUAACAAUAACAAAUCAGACUUUAAUAAAUCUUUAAGCAUGGUCAAGUUAAUAAUUAUGCUGUGGAUGAUGGAUUAAACCACCCAGACCCAUCAAAGAUGCAGUCGUCCUUCUGAACUGAGCUGGAGGACAGGAAGGAAACUGCUUAGGGAUGUUACCAUGAGGCCAUUGGUGAUUUUAAAACAGCUCUAGAGUCAAUGGCUGUGAUGGGAGAAAACUGAGGUCUAAAUGCAAAGCCUUAUGUUUGGAGCAAAUACAACACAUCACUGAGUAACUGCCUCCUUAUUUUCAAGCAUACUGUUGGCUGCAUCAUGGUACGGGUAUGAUUGACAUCGACAAAUACAGGGGAGUUUUUCAGGAUGAAAAGGAACGGGAUGGAGCUAGGCACAGGCAAAAUCCUAGAGGAAAACCUGUUUCAGUCUGCUUUACACCAGACACUGGGAGAGGAUUUCACCUUUCAGCAGGACAAUAACCUACAACACAAGGCCAAAUCUAUACUGGAGUUGCUUACCAAGAAGACAGAGAAUGUUCCAGGUUACAGUUUUGACUUAAAUCUGCUUGAAAAUCUAUGGCAAGACUUGGAAAUUGCUGUCUAGUCAUGAUCCCCAACACCUUAACAGAGCUUGAAGAAUUUUGAAAAGAAUAAUGGGCAAAUAUUGCACAAUACAUGUGUGCAAAGCUCUUAUGAGACUUACCCAAGAAGCUGUAAUCGAUGCCAAUGGUGUUUCUAACAUAUAUUGACUCAGGGAGCUGAAUACUUAUGCAACAACUAUAUUUUAGUUAUUUCAUUUUUAUUCAUAAAAAAAAAAGAAAAAAGACAGAGUAUUUUUUGUAGAUUGUUGACAAAAACUCACAAUUAAAUCAAUUUUUAUCCCACUUUGUAACACAAUAAAAUGUGAAAAAAUCCAAGGGGUCUGAAUACUUUUGCAAGGCACUGUAUACAGUGCUACAUUGUGUGAAAGUGACAAAGCGAUAUGAAUGUAGUGACUUAAAGCAGCAAAAAUGUAUACCAUAAUUCAUCACUGCUCAGUUUAUUUAAUAUAUUGUGAGGAAUGCUUCAGGGACGCUUUAUCACUUUUCAGAAGCUUUUUGAUGUUGCACUAAAUAAUGUGUUUAUAACACAGUGUCAAGUCCCCAGUCUUUAGAAUUCACACCUUGUCGCCCUCUCUCCCCUCUCCCAGCUAAACGACUCCCUUUCACAACUUUACACGGAUCUCCGCUCCUUUAAGCUGCACCUUGAUUGGCUGAUUGAUGUCCGAGUCAGUAUGAGCCUGCCAGUCUCUCCCAAGACAGUAGAGGUCACCAGAGGCCUGCAGCAUAUCUCAAGCCUCUGCUCUACUGCACUACAGCAGGUAGGUAGCUCAAUAUACUCUGGGUACAGUAGUGGUGCAUGUGCAAAAUCAAUGGGGAAGCCAGGCCAGAAAAAAAUGCCAUAUUACAACCUAUGUGUUGUCAUAAUUAUGUUGUUUGCUCUUUAACCUGUUAGUUCAUAUGCCUUGCCACCGUGAGAGUUAGACUGGGUACAGAUCUAGGAUCCACUUACGCUGUCAAAUUCCAAACCUUAUCCAUAAGUGAGAGAAAAUGUAACUGACCUUAGAAGAGUAUAGGGGCAAUGUCAUUCUACUCCCCUUAGAUCAAUCCACUCAGAUCAAUAAGACACAAAGCUGAAGUGGCACAAAAAGAGCUGACUAAUGUCAGUGGUAGAAACCUCAAUUUACCCUCAAGGUGUGGAAAAAAACGUCCAUAUAAUAUAACAAAUAUGGAAAAGCCGUUUAGAUUUUGAUAAUUGACUUUGGUAUGUUUAGAUGUAAUAUUUGACAGUAACAUAAGAUUCUUAGUUCGCACCAUUCUAACUUCUCCCCCCCCCUUUUUCCCUCCAUUAUAGAUUGCGUGCCCACUACCCCAGAUUUCCAUUCCUUCUUUCCCAACGCAACUCAGAACCUGGGACGUGGUCCUCCUCUCCUACGAGAUUCCUGAACGGUUAGGAUUUUACUGUCAAUGGUCUACCAGAGUGCUGGUCCUCCUUAGGUCAAAAGUUCAGGGCCUU